GACUGUCAAUAUAAGCAGGUUCGCAACUUGUCGGGUUUAUGGUGGGAGCAUCAUCACAAUAAGACACUUAAUCCCCUCCAAUACGCCAGCAUGCUUGCAUAUCUUGUGGGUAAGGUGGAGGAAAGGUGGAAAGGACUGUCACGACUGAGUACUCCCUGCGUGGGUUUGCCUCCGGAUCUACCAGCCGAGGCGAGGGCUGUGUCUAGUAAGUCGGUGACGUGCAUCGCGUGUCAGUAUCAAUUUUGCUGUUACCGAACUAAAAACGAAUGCGAAUGGGCCAACCAGGAUCAGGAUUAGGAUCUUGAAGGCAAGACGGAAGAGUCGGAGGGACGGGCACGGUACAGUCUUACGCAUACCUUGGC